AUGGCCGCAGCCGCCGCGCCGGGGCGGCGAGGUCUCCGCGACCGUCAGGCGCCCCGAGGCCCUUCGCUCCCUUUUGCAGCCGCCGCCGCCGCUACGGCCGUCCGCCCACCCCGCCCAGGCGUGAAUGCAUCAGCGGAGGCCUUCGCGACUGUCCAUGUGGACAGGGACAAGUCCAGUACGUACCGCUCCAAGGGCUUUGAUGUCACUGCGAACUACACGCAAGGGAGCUGGACUGACAUCGUCGGGGAGGACUUUGUCACCAUCCCCAAAGGCUUCAACAGCUCCUUCUUUGUCAACAUUGCCACUAUCUUUGAGUCCGAGAAUUUCUUUCUGCCUGGUAUCAAAUGGAAUGAGACACUUGAACUCGCAUAUGCUGCUCUGGCCAAGCCAUCCAGUUCCCUGGAGACUUUCUUUGAUUCUCUGGCGGCGCAGGCGAAGAUCCCCAACGUCUUCUCCAUGCAGAUGUGGGGGGCGGGGCUGCCCGUAGCUGGAUCUGGUACCAACGGAGGUAGUCUUGUCCUGGGUGGAACUGAACCGAGUUUGUACAAAGGAGACAUCUGGUAUACCCGUAUUAAGGACGAGUGGUAUUAUCAGAUAGAAAUUCUGAAGUUGGAAAUUGGAGGCCAGAGUCUGAAUCUGGACUGCAGAGAGUAUAACGCAGACAAGGCCAUCGUGGAUAGCGGUACCACGCUUCUGCGCCUGCCCCAGAAGGUGUUCAAUGUGGUGGUUGAAGCCGUGACCCGCACGUCUUUGAUUCCAGAAUUCUCUGAUGGUUUCUGGACUGGGUCCCAGCUGGCUUGCUGGACGAAUUCGGAGAUACCUUGGUCUUACUUCCCUAAAAUCUCCAUCUCUAGAGACGAGAACUCCAGCCAGUCAUUCGGCAUAACCAUCCUGCCUCAGCUGUACGUCCAGCCCAUGAUGGGGGCUGGCCUGAAUUAUAAAUGUUACCGAUUCGGCAUCUCACCUUCCACGAACGCGCUGGUGAUUGGUGCUACCGUGAUGGAGGGCUUCUACGUGGUCUUCGACAGAGCUUGGAAGAGGGUGGGCUUUGCAGCAAGCCCCUGUGCAGAAAUUGCAGGUGCUCCAGUGUCUGAAAUUUCUGGGCCUUUCUCGACAGACAACAUAGCCAGCAACUGCGUCCCCGCCCUGUCUUUGAAUGAUCCCAUUUUGUGGAUCGUCUCCUAUACUCUCUUGAGCGUGUGUGGAAUCAUCCUUCUUCUCCUAAUCAUCCUGCUGCUACUUCCCUUCCCAGUGUCGGCACCUGCCCCGUACAUGAAAUGCUGUAGUAAAAGUAUUGACAAAAGACUUGCUUGAGGCAAAGU